ACCCUCAUUUGAACACUCUUUUUUAUUAUUCAUUCCUUUAAGCUCCUCAGAUCAAAUAACGGCGAGGAAGCAAGUGACUAACCGGCCGACUAGGAUGCCUUCAACCCCACCAUGAAAGUGACCAUCAAGCAGUGGAGUGGCGUGGCUUCUUGGAAGUGGGUGGCCAACGACGAUAAUUGCGGCAUUUGUCGCAUGCCCUUCGACAGCUGCUGUCCCGACUGUAAACUACCUGGGGACGAUUGUCCAUUGGUGUGGGGCCAGUGUUCGCACUGUUUUCACAUGCACUGCAUCGUCAAGUGGCUGCAGUCUCAAACGGUGAAUCAGCAGUGUCCGAUGUGCAGGCAGGAGUGGAAGUUCAAUAAUAAAUAGGCCAAAAAACGGAAAAAAUGUCCCACUUGCGCGGCUUGCCUCCGCUGCCCAAGUCUUUGUCGGGGCUCAACUUCGUGGAGGGACAUCAGCGCCCCACGCCUCCUACUCCCGUCCGAACGAGCUCGAUCCGAGCUGCGCAGCACAUCCCCAGUCGGCAACCCUCUUCCGGCUACAGCGCGCAGAGGGAUGAGAAGCAACUGGGCAGUCUGGACAGUCAGCUGGCUGUCCUGAGACGGGAGAUGUACAGCUUGAGGCAGCAGGACUUGUCGUUGUUGUCCCAGCUGUGGCUCUUGAACGAGUCCAUCCAGGACUUCAGGCAGGCGUUGCAAGACCAGCGGGUUCUCUCGCCUCUGUCGCCAUCCCCAACUGCUUCCAGCCUGGACGAUGAGGAGUUUUACAUGAGCUCCACCAGCAUGGGCUGAACUUUUCUAGUUUCGGGACUUUUCUGACUGUGUGUUGUAUUGUUAGCUUGUAGGGUUUAGCUGUUUUCGGGCAUCCGCCUGGAACCAUUCGGGUUGGGCAGCACUUUGGCUUUAAAUCCUUGUUGAGGAGGGAAAUUUUUGCACUUUUACGCACUAAGUUUCACGGUCUAAAUGUCCGUUCAAAUGGAGGAACACAGUUUUCUUUUAGUGGAACUGCAAAAGCCCCCAAAUUGGUGAAAUUGCCACCAAAUUUUUCCCACCGCUCAACAGAACAUGCACUUUUGAAGCCAAAGUGCGCGACUACUCACUAUACAGGGUGAUUCAGGGUGCAAAUCAAGCGUAAAUCUCAAUCACCUUGUAUACGGUUUUCAGUGGCUUCAGACUGCGUUUAAUAAACUUCUCAAACUGU